AUGGCGGCUUCCAAUCUUGGGAGAAGGACAGCUGUGUUAUUUGUUGUAAAAACCUUUUCUCUUCAAAGACCAGUUUUACCGAUCGUUUCCAGAUGUGGGAGUUUGUUCCAGAUUGCUACCUACAACCCGAAACCUUUGAGACUGAAUAUCAAGGAUCCCUACAUUCCUGAUAAAGAAAAAGAAGAUACCCCUGACUGGCAAAAGACAGACAAGUUUGACCGUAAGCUAUUCGGGCGAUAUGGUUCUAUUUCUGGUGUCGAUCCAGUGAAAUUGUGGCCAAGCCCCAAAGAGCUGGAAAGGUUAAUAGCAGAGGAGCAAGAAUGGCAACCGACUCUGGAAGUUAUGCUACAGAACGUUGCGGCAAAGGAAAUGGAGAGGGAAAAGAAAGUGAAGGCCAGGGAGAAAUUAAUUGCCACCAACAUGGCGAAGAUGCCUAAGAUGAUCGAAGACUGGCGUCGCGAGACGCGCGCGCUGAAGAUGAAGAAGAAGGAAGAAAAGGCGCGAAAGGAGCGGCUGGUGGCAGAGGCCCGCGAGCGCUUCGGCUACGCGCUGGACUCCCGCAGCCCCAAGUUCCUGGAGAUGGUGCAGGAGAUCGAGAAGGAGGAGAAGAAGAAGAAAAAGCUGCUGAAAAGCAGAAUGAAACAGGGUGACGCUGCACCAGCUGCACCCAGGACUUCAUGAUUUACAUCUCAGUGAAGGACGACCUUGUAAAUAAUGAUCAUAAUUAAAAUGUUUUUCAUCCCAUCAAA